ACGGUGCGAUGCAUACAAUCAGUCGGUCCUCUUCCAGCAUAAAAGAAGGUAAGUGAGCUGAAGGAGAUCAGGAAGAGAAAGAAGAAAUGGCGAGCAAUCAGGGCCGUCUAUUCUCAUCACUAAUCAAGCUAUCUGCUCCCAAAUUGGUUCUUCCCUACGCGAGAUCUGAAUCGGUAACUCUCUCCGGUUCGCACUCGGCGAGGCGACUCAUCUGGUCUUCGACUCAGAUUCAACAAGAAGAUCAAGUUAACCCUAAAAAGCUUGAAGAACAGGAAUCAGAAAUCAAAGAGAAGAUGCAAAACGAAAAGGACAACGACAACGAAGACGAAGAUGAAGAUGACGACUUUGAUAUGAACAAAGAGACCGGUGAGAUUGGAGGACCUAGAGGUCCCGAGCCCACUCGUUACGGCGAUUGGGAGCAAAACGGUCGGUGCUCUGAUUUCUAAGUACUUUUUGAUUGAUUGAUUGUUUGGUUGUUAUUAUUUAUAUUGAAAUCUUGAUGGAUUUAGGAACUUGAAAUGUGAUGUUAGGUUUAUAUUUUGGUUGAGUGUAAUGAUCAAAUUAAUGAAUAAAAAUGAUUGAUUGAAUCAAUCAAUUAUAUUCUUGUUACUUUUUUUGCGGUAUUGAUUGUUUAUAGUUAUUACUAGUAAAAUUGUCCGAGUUGUUGAUGAUUCA